GUCAAUCGCAACGGUUGUGACUAACUGAAGUGAAUCGGAAUUGUAUGAUGGGGUAGCAGACGUGAUUUAUUUGAAUGGCUGAGUGUAUAAUAUAAAAAAAAUAUAUAAGAAAAGCAAAAUAAAGUGCGGUUCCCAUUUGUACACUGUCGGAAGAAUAUGCAAACAUUUUAGUUUCCUUGGGCAAUAUGUAUGACUCGGGUAGUAGUAGCAAUGAGAGCAACAAUAAAAGCAACAGUAAGAACGCUGCGCACACGAAAUACAAUAGCGAAAGAAAUAAUAGACAAGCACUUCACCAGCCUGAUAUCGAGCAGAGUUCGGGUAGUCAAUCGAGCACUAACAGGCGGCAUUUUCAAAUUUGCGUCGAUAGUGUUGACGAUGAAAGCACCGCGCCAAUAACGGAAUCCAAUUCCCGUGAGGAUCUCAUAGCGAGCAGUGAACGUAUUGCUGAAGCUCCGCGCGACUUCCCACGAUUUUUAUCAGUGCCCGCUUUACGCAACUCUCGCCCAUACUCGGAGAGUUUGGUAAAACGCCAAAUCUCAUCCAGCCCUGCAAAAAGUGAGCGAGCAUUACGCUCGAAUUCAACAGGGGGGGUAAUGCGAGCUAGACGUUUGAGCCAAGACAGUGGAAUUGUUACAGGCCGGCUGUUUGGCGGUUUGGAAAACACGUUCCUCGACACAGUCGCUCCCACCAAGCAUUUCGCCAAAUCAUCUGACAAUUUGUAUAAUUUCCUGAUAAACGAAGCCGCUACCAAUGCAUACAAUCAACAGUGGCAAGAACAACAACAACAAAAUGAUCAUGAGGACCGUCAAACGAAAAAGGAACAAGUACAAGCGAUUAUACCUUACACACCUAAACCGAUUGAACGACAAACUGGAAUGCAGAAAGCAACUUCGUAUACGGAAAAAUGGCUUAAUUCAACAAUGUCACGCGCUUUCGGUCAUCUAAAGUCGAGCUCUAUUGCGAUACCGUUGCCUACUCAUAUCGAAACAGAGUCAGCAGAACCGAGUCCGACGCAAGCGUUUGGCCCGAAGAUCGUAAAUACCGAAGAUAUUCCGGGUACGGCGAUGCGACGUAGUCUGGGCCUGCAUUUGAGUUCACCACUCGUAGAGGACACAAAACGUGGAGGGGAUCACGGCAUAGCGGAUGCAUUAACUGAUGACGAUCAUUGCGAAGCAAUUGAGUCCUCACAUUCAAACGUACUACGGGAUCAGUUCGGUUACAAACAGUUAAUGCUGGUGUCGCGGAAGAGUUCAAAAAGUUCUAUGGUGGAUAGCAGCUUGAACGGCAGCCAUAAUGGUAGCCGAAAAACCAGUAAAAGCCAGAGCGCUAGUGGAGAUGAAAGUGAUUUGCGGCGCACUAGCAAACAAGACAGAGAGGGCCUCGAUCCCGAGUCUCUCAUGUUUCGUGACGGACGCCGUAAAGUUGAUAUGGUGCUUGCGUGGGAAGAAGAGGACUUCGGUGUAAUGACGGAGGCUGAAUCCCUUCGUCGUGACCAUCGACGUUGCUUCAUGGAAAAUUUAAUAAAGGAAGGACUUGAAGUCGAGCUUGAAGACAAGACACAGUCAUUUAAUGAAAAAACGUACUUUUUAAAGAUUCAUCUACCUUGGCGCCUCGAGACUCGACUUGCAGAAGUAAUGAAUCUGAAGCUGCCAAUCAAGAGGUUCAUUACAAUCUCUGUGAAGGCAUCAUGGGAUGAAGAGAAUGUAGUUGCGCGCAAUAUGCAUUACUGGAAAUCUGUCUGGAAUCGACUGACGCGCAAAAUUCAGCUCGAUCAGAGUAUUUUAGAAGGAGAAACAACCUUUAAAGCGGCUACAGCUAACGGCAAUCCCGAGGAACAAUUCAUCGUCAAAGAUCGAGCCACUGCAUUUACGAGCGCCCAACGUUCACUUAUGGUUAUGCAAGUGCUCAUUCGCACUCCCUUCGACGAUAGUGAUCGCGUCGGAAUUCGUCGUUUGCUUAACGAUUCAACAUACUUGGCUUGUUUUCCACUGCAUGAAGGCCGAUAUGAUCGUCCCCAUUCCAGCGGAAUGUCAUUCGAUCGUCGCGUUUUAUACCUCACAUGGGCGCAUCCCUCACAGUGGUACAAAAAGCAACCAUUGUGCCUAGUUCGCAAGUAUUUUGGCGAUAAAAUUGCACUUUACUUUUGCUGGUUAGGUUUCUAUACUGAGAUGCUAGUCUAUCCGGCAGUGGUAGGUACCUUGUGUUUUUUAUACGGGCUUGCUUCAUUGGACUCAGAAGACAAUACGCCAAGCAAAGAGAUUUGUAAUCAAUUCGGUACUGGUAACAUUACUCUUUGCCCACUGUGCGACAAGGCCUGCAGCUAUCAAAAUUUAUACGAGUCAUGCCUCUUUUCGCGCCUAACAUACCUUUUCGACAAUCCAUCAACAGUAUUUUUCGCCAUAUUCAUGUCGUUUUGGGCAACCACCUUUCUGGAGCUAUGGAAACGUAAGCAGUCGGUAAUAGUUUGGGAAUGGGACUUGCAUAACGUUGAGUCUGACGAGGAGAAUCGUCCAGAAUUUGAAACUAAUGCCACAACAUUUCGCAUGAAUCCUGUGACGAGGGAGAAGGAGCCAUAUAUGUCUACGUGGAGCCGUGCCAUUCGAUUUGUCAUCACGGGCAGUGCCGUCUUGUUUAUGAUCUCUGUUGUGUUGUCUGCUGUGUUGGGUACCAUUAUAUACCGGAUUUCCUUGGUUUCGGUCAUUUAUGGUGGUGGCGGAUUCUUCGUAAAGGAGCAUGCGAAACUAUUUACUACUGUAACUGCGGCACUGAUUAAUUUAGUUGUAAUUAUGAUAUUAACGAGGAUUUACCAUCGCAUGGCUAUCAGGUUGACCAAUUUGGAAAAUCCUAGAACGCAUACCGAAUACGAGGAUUCUUACACAUUCAAAAUAUUCUUUUUUGAAUUUAUGAAUUUUUAUUCGUCACUCAUUUACAUCGCAUUCUUUAAAGGCCGUUUUUUCGAUUAUCCUGGCGAUGAUCAAGCCAGACGCAGUGAAUUUUUUCGCCUGAAAAAUGACAUCUGCGAUCCGGCGGGAUGUUUAUCGGAAUUGUGCAUCCAGCUUGCUAUCAUUAUGGUGGGCAAACAAUGCUGGAAUAAUUUCAUGGAGUACUUGUUUCCAAAGUUCUACAAUUGGUGGCGUCGUCGCAAACACAAAGCAGCCACUAAAGAUGUCACACAUUUACAUAUGGCCUGGGAGCAAGAUUAUCAUAUGCAAGAUCCAGGACGCUUGGCUUUAUUCGACGAAUAUUUGGAAAUGGUACUGCAGUAUGGUUUCGUCACACUGUUCGUGGCCGCGUUCCCCUUGGCUCCUUUGUUUGCGCUGCUGAACAAUGUUGCUGAAAUUCGUUUGGAUGCCUAUAAAAUGGUGACGCAGGCACGACGUCCACUGGCAGAGCGCGUUGAGGACAUUGGCGCCUGGUAUGGCAUCUUGCGUAUUAUCACCUAUACGGCAGUUGUGUCCAACGCCUUCGUGAUAGCUUACACGAGUGAUUUUAUUCCUCGCAUGGUCUACAAGUUCGUAUACUCAGACACAAACACACUUGCGGGAUAUAUUGAGCAUUCGUUGUCGACCUUUAACACGUCAGACUAUAAGGAGGAGUGGGGAGCCACCAGCAGCGAAAAAGAUCCUGAUGUAUGCCAAUAUCGUGGCUACCGGAAUGGACCACAUGACCCCGAACCUUAUGGUUUGAGUCCACAUUAUUGGCAUGUUUUUGCUGCACGCUUGGCCUUUGUUGUCGUUUUCGAGCACGUCGUAUUUGUCAUCACAGGCAUUAUGCAAUUUAUAAUUCCCGAUAUUCCCGCCGAAGUGAAAACUCAAAUGCAGCGCGAGCAGCUGCUAGCUAAAGAAGCUAAAUAUCAGCAUGGCAUUAAACGGGCGCAGCAGGGAGAUAAUCAAGAUCUGUUGAGCAUCUUUCGAGAUGCUGGAAGUCGCGGAAGUGGCGCCACUAUGGGCACUAGUGGGUUUAUGGGCCGUGGCAGUUGGGCGCGCCGUUUCAGUCGCCUCAGUGAUGGUUUGGAUGCCCACGUAGAAGUGGCGGCGCGGCCUCGUCGCUCAGUCGAGUCGACAGUGUGGGAAGUUUCUUGACACGAAGAAGAAGAGGAUUCUGUGGAGCCAACAACAAAUGCCAAAAAUGAAGUUACCACCUAAUUUCGUGAACUGUAGGAUCUGUACAAGUGUUCGUGUUCACUUAGCUUUCAAUUUUUGUAUCACGCCCCAGUAGUAGCAUAGAGGUGUAUAUACGUACCCAUAUGGAUAAGUUAGCGCAAGCAGUUUUAUUCGGUAUUUUCAUAUGUAUGCGUGUAUGUACAUAUAUACAUACAUAUGUUUAAGUGUAACUGACAGUGUUUAAAUAUUCCUUAAUGAAGAUCCUUUAUUACUAAUUUAUUUAACUAAAGUUUCAUUUACAGUUUCGCUACAUAAUAAUGCCUUAUUUACAACUAUUAAACAGAAUAAUUUGUCUUAAACAGUUA